ACCGCCAUCCUGGUUGCGUGUGGUUGACUGUGAUCGCCAUGUCUUCCCACAAGACUUUCAGAAUCAAGCGAUUCCUGGCCAAGAAACAAAAGCAGAAUCGUCCUAUUCCCCAGUGGAUUCGGAUGAAAACUGGUAAUAAAAUCAGGUACAACUCCAAGAGGAGACACUGGAGAAGAACCAAGCUGGGUCUAUGAGG